AUGGAACCCAACAAACGACGCAAGCUUGCCCCAAAGGUCAACGCCACGACGCCUAGCAAGCCGCCGCCGCCUACACAAUUCCCCCACGAAUCGCCUCAACAGCAUUAUCCAGCUCAGGAGGCCGCUCCGGCACCCCUUUCCGAACGUCAUGACUUUGAGUCCUUUGCGCGACACCUUCAAGAUGCCGCUAUGCUUAUCCAAAGACAGACCGAGCGUCACCCAUACACCGAUGUCUCCGUUCUGCUAUUAAGAUGGGAAGAAGACGAGUCCGUCGAUGAGGAUUUAACUGCUCUCGAGCAGGUUCUUCAAAAACAGUACAAAUACAGAACUGAAAAAUGGCAUAUUCCCACAGUACCGAACCCAAGCAUUAAGCUCGGGGUUCAAAUGGCUUCUUUUCUCGAACACGCGAGAGCCAACCAUUUACUUAUCAUCUACUAUGCUGGCCACGGCUACGUAAGUUCUGAUGGCCAGCUUUUUUGGGCUUGCAAUGCCCGAGAAGAUGCCGCAAAACUAAAAUGGGAUGGUGUCCGUUGUCUGUUCGAGGACGCCCAGUCCGAUAUCUUGUUGUUGCUCGACACAUGCGCUAUACCGGACCCCCCAAUGGCCGGUAGUCAUGGUGUGAAGCAAGCCAUUGCGGCCUGCACAUCAGAUCGUAGUCCAGAUAGCAUAGAGAGGUCAUUUACGUCCAACUUGACCGAGGCGCUUCAAAAGCUCAGUAGUGGACGACCGUUCACAACACAGAGACUCCAUGAAGAAGUAUUAUCGCUGAAACAACAGCAGCAGCUGCUUCAAACUCCUCGGCAAACCAACGGAAGCACCUCAAAUGCGCAGUCGUCUCCACAAAAUCCAGUUUUCAUACCUCUAACUCCCGGAAAGGGUCAAAGUAUUGCUCUUGCGCCAAUGCCCUCAAGACCCCGAACUGGUUCGCAAAAUGGACAUGAUGCGGAUGGUCAGAAUAAUCGCGAAGAACAGCUGAUCGACCCAGAGUCUGUUGUCGACCUCAGGUUUGAAGAGCCCCGGGUGCUUGUUUGCACUACCUUUGUCGGUGAUGCAAGUCCGGAUAUGUCUUUUUUUUCUCAAUGGCUGCACAGUACGCCACCCCUCGGCGACAAGAUCGCUGUGGAAGGCAUGUUCCUUGGACCGCCUACUAUGCUUCUCAUAUCCAUGCCGCACUCGAUCUGGAACGUAGUGCAGCACGAUAAAGUCUGUUGCUUUUUGGGGUAUAUCAGCUCUCACAACAUGAUCCACCUCUACAACAGGUUAGUAGGUUCUUCUGGCAUCAAGCCAUCAGCCAGAGAAGUUGAGGAUGGCCGAAUUCUCCUCGAGGCAAGGGAUCACGCAUUUAGCACCCCUGCUCGUGUCCGGCGAGACGAAGGACAUUCUUUCCACACACCCGCCACAAGAGAAGCGCCCAACUCUGUCGAACGAAAAGAGUAUCCCCCGCAAGCCAGUCCUUCAGCCCAAGCAUACGCCAACUCAACAGGUAGCCAUGCCAAGCCCAAAGAUGAGGUGGAAGAUUCGGCAGAAAUGCAGGAAGCUGCUGAGCAACUGAAAGCCUUGAGCCACGUUCGUCACCCGAGUGACGAAAGCCAAAACAUCAACAGGCCUCGCACAAUUCUCCCUGACGGAAUGCCUGAAAUCAGACCAGAAGGAGAGAAUGACGAGCAUGGCAAUGGAGAUCCUCUAGCAACACUUCGCAACGUCAACGCUGCAGUCAAGCCUCCUCGGAGGUCUCUACCUAAGCAGGAUACUCGAUGCAAUCACUGUAGCCAUGCACCUUUUAAGGAUUCUUCUUCGUUGAGAAAGCAUAUCGCUGCAGCUCACACCAGGCCAUUUCCAUGUGCGUUCUCGUUUGCUGGCUGUACAAGUACUUUCGGGUCGAAAAAUGAGUGGAAGAGGCACAUUGCAUCACAACAUCUAUGCUUGCAAUACUAUCGCUGCUCUUCCUGCCCCCAGAGCACUGCUGAAGGCAAAGGGAACGAGUUUAACCGCAAAGAUUUGUUUACACAGCAUUUACGCCGCAUGCAUGCCCCUUUUCAAAUCAAGAGAGCGCUGGCUAAGGGAGACAGUAAGCUUCAGGCCGAGUGGGAUGCGCAUGUCAAAGAGAUGCAAGUGUCUUGUCUCGUGCAGCGCAGAUUGCCGCCUCAACGAUCAGCGUGCCCAAAACAGGGCUGUCAGAGUGUCUUUGAAGGCCCCUCCUCAUGGGACGAGUGGACUGAGCAUGUUGGUCGGCAUAUGGAAAAGGGAGAAGGCGGUGGCAAGCUCGGAGUAGAUGGCCUACUCGCCCAAUGGGCGCGGGACGAAGGCAUUAUUGAGCGUAAGGCAGAUGGCGAAUAUCGAUUGUCAACCAGUAACGGAAUGGGCGGAGGCAACAGUGGAGGUGUGCCUCCUGUUUUCGAGCAAAAAGAGUCGACCUUAACCUCUGUUUCGACACUGGAACCGUCACAGCCGGAGGAGUCCUUGAUCGUGGAGACAAACACAAAACCUCCAGAAGACAGAAUGGAGGUUGACGCUCCCGAGUAA